CGGCCGGAGCCAACGCCGGCCCCCGGCGGGCGCGCUCGGAGCCGUGGCCGGGAGCCGGGCUGGGGUGCCGAGAGGCCCCGCGGGUGAGGGCGGCGCAGGCUGGUUACCUUGUGUGGGCAGAGACCUCUUCACGGUCAGUCGAGAGAGGAGCCUGACCGCCGCGUUCUCUCUGGAGAUAUGUGAGUCUGGGAUUUUCCCACAGCCAAGGUCAGAAUGCUGCCCCUACGUCAUGCUCUGGCUGUCGCUGCUGUCCAGGUUUUCAUCUUGUCAGAAAACUGGGCAUUGGGCAAGAACAUCAACUUCUACAACGUGAGGCCUCCUCUGGACCCUACGCCAUUUCCAAACAGCUUCAAGUGUUUUACUUGUGAAAAUGCAGGAGAUAAUUAUAACUGCAAUCGAUGGGCAGAAGACAAAUGGUGUCCACAAAAUACACAGUACUGUCUGACAGUUCACCACUUCACCAGUCAUGGAAGAAGUACAUCCAUCACCAAAAAAUGUGCCUCCAGAAGUGAAUGUCAUUUUGUUGGCUGCCACCACAGCCGAGAUUCUGAACAUACGGAGUGCAGGUCCUGCUGUGAAGGCAUGAUCUGUAACGUAGAGUUACCCACCAACCACACGAAUGCAGUCUUCGCCGUGAUGCACGCGCAGAGGACAUCCGGCAGCGGCGCCCCCACGCCCUCCUUACCCGCGCUUGCCUGGGUCUCUGUGCUUCUGCUGAUGCAAAGCCACUGUUCCUAGGAGAGCAGAAACCGCCUCCUGAAGCACAGGCCAAAAACUGCGUGAACUCCGAACAUUUGAGUGAAGACCAGUUUCGCACUGGAAGACUGCAGCUUGGACCCCGAAGCGGAAGCCAGUUGUUUGCUGGGCUAGAGCACUCCUGCAUCAGGCCACGGGAUCGAGGAAGGGGAUGUGGCAGGAACUGAGGAGAUCGUCUGGCUUCCCAGCCUCCGGGCCAGAGGGGCUGCAUUUUGUCACUUGUGGCGGGAGGAGCCUGCCAGCAUCUGUGAUGGGUGGGUGGCGAUAAGCCUGUGCUGCUCCUGCCUGCCCAGGCUGUUAGCUGAAGGGAUUCGUCAACCCCAAGACUCUUUUCUAAGCUGCUGGGUCAGACCGUCUCCUGACUGUGCAUGAUGAGCUCAGAGUGUCUCUAUGAAAUCUCAUCCUUCCCCUGUGAGAAUGCAGUUUUCCCACCAAUGACAUAGUCAAUGAGAAGGCAACUAGCUAUAGGAAGAAGACUUCUAGUUGAACCAAUAAGAAAUCCAUUUGCUCGUGUUGGGGGGAAAUAAAAGCUUUUAAAUUAUA